UUUCCACGCCACAUCCCUAAACUUCUCCAUCUCCAUAGUACUCUCCUGUAACAGAAUUGGAAAACCCAAUCUGGCGACGGCUGCCCGCCGCCGGCACCCGGCGGUGCUGUUCCUCCGUUCUUCCUUGCACACGACGGCUGCCCGCCGCCGGCGCCCGGCAGUGCUGUUCCUCCGUUCUUCCUUGCACACAGUAAACAAUUAUGGCGAGGGGGCCAAGACGUCUACGGAAGUUGAACCUAGAUGCACAGAGCGCAGGACAUGUGCAAGCUGAAGAAGAAAAUUUGCUGUACAACUUUGAAGCUCUAGAUGAAGCAGAUGCACAAUUCAAUGACGAUAAUUUGCAUCUCGAAGCUCAAGAUGCAGGGAAUGUACAACCCACAGAAGAUAGUGAGCAAGACCUUUCAGAGAAUGAUGACAUAAUCACGGAGUUGCCUCUUGCAGCCAAAAGACCAAUUAAUAUAAUCUGGCCAAAUGGGGAGGUACGACAGGUUCUAGGAAAUUUUAAUGUAAAAAACUUGGACCAACUGAAGCAAGGAAAGGUAAUUGUAGAGACGGAUGAACAUGGUAUUCCAAAUGAUAGAUCAGGUUCUGUUCUAGGCUCGUAUCUUGGUAAGCUUGCACAGAAUUCAACAUUUGCACCAUUGGACAUUCCAAAAUGGGACCAUGACUUAUUUGUGGGACCAAAGGAGAGCAUAGUCGCUGACGUGGAGAUGAAAUUUGUGUACCCUUCUGAGACGAAGCAGCUUACAAGAGGCUGGAUUCUAAUGAAAGCUGAUAAAGGGUGGAGAUCUUACAAAAGCCGUUUGAAGGGAAGAUACUUUAAUCCUGAUGUGAGGACUCUAAACGAUAUAUUAAAAUAUGUCCCAAAAGGUGUCAAUGGAUAUCAAUGGCGUGGUCUUGUUAAAAUAUGGUGUCAGGAUAAACACAAGAAAUUAUGUGAGAAAAACUCUGAAAGCGCAAAACAGCAGAGGAAUCCACAUACAACUGGUAGAAAAAGCCAUGCUAGGCUUUGUAAAGAGAUGGUGGAAGCAAAAGUUAAAGGGAAGGUCCAUGACAUUGACGUAUGGGAUGAAGCACAUAAGAAAAAGGAUGAGCGCAUUAAGGCAGUAGUGGAAUCGGCUUACCAUGAAUUAGCUAAAAAGAAAUCUACUAGUUGCAGUGGUCUUUCAUCCAAAGAUUAUGAUGAAGUUUUUCGACGUGUAGUUGGAAAAGAGACAAAACUUCGAGGGUACUACGAUCAUAAGAAUUGGAGCCAAAUAAGGGUUUCUCAGGGACUAGAUGUUGUUGGACAAUCUGAGGAAUAUGCAAUGCUUAAGUUACAAAUGAAUGCAAUGGAAAAUAAAAUAGAGGCUAUGAGUGUUGAUAUGACUCUGAUGCGUGCCUUCAUAGAACAAAAAUUCCCUGGAGAGGAUUGGAGAAAUAUUGUGGUUGCAGAACAAAAUAAAGAAGUUGAUAUUUCUGAACAAGUUGGUAAUGAUAUCCAACAUGAAUCAAAUGUUGAAGAAUCAUGUGAACAUGUACAUUCUACACCAGAUAAUGUGCAGUUGCAGCAGAAGCAUUUAAUCAGUUAUAUUCCUGCUAAAAAUGGUUGCCACAAACCAUCUGUACCACAUGAACACAUGAUUGACAAGCAAUCAAGCAUUGGAAGCUUUGCUAGAAGGUCUGAAGCUAGUCAGAGAUACAUGGAAUCAACUAUGGCACAUGACCAUGGAACUGAUAAGGUUGAUAUGUUUGAUCAAGUUGACAUUGACUGUACAAAUGAAUUUGAUAAUAACUUUGAUAAUUCAUUUGCCAAUACCAAUGCUAAGUCAAAUCAUGUGCAGCAAGUACAUUCUAUUAGUUCUGCUAAUGGCAAUGGUCGUCGUUUCAAUCCAUCUAUACCAUAUGAACGCACAAAUGCUAAGCAACUAAGUGGGGAAAGCUUAGGCAAAAGGUCCAUAACAAGUCAAAUGAAUGUGGAAUCAAUGGUGCCACGUGAGAAUGUGACCAAUGAGGCUUAUGUUUCUGAACAAGAUGGUACUGAUAUUAUGAAUGGGUUUGUUCACAACCGUGAGGAACCACAUGCCAAUGAGAAUGCUAUACCAAAUAAUCAAUUAUGUUCUGUUAGUUCAACUAGAGCUAAAGAGAAUUGUUCUACUAAAGCUUUGCCAUAUGACCACAUAACUGCAAAGCAAUCAAGCAUUAAAAGCUCUGUCAAAAGGACUAGAACUAACUGUGUGGAUUCAAUUUUACCACCUGAUAAAGCCAAACAGGGGCCUCAGAGAAAGGGAGUAUUAGAGAAUACUUCAUCUAAAUCAGAUCAAAGGGUGGUGUUCUUGUUUUCAUUGAAUCCAGUAUACAAAGGCAAAGUAGUGGCCAAGGGAAAUUUAGUGACUACAGAUAGCACAUAUGUGGUUGGAGGAAAUAUGCUUGGAAAUGAAUAUUAUGGUGUGGCUGUUCAUAGUGUUACAAAUAUUGGUGAUGAGAGACUGCCAAGACCAUCUGAAAACUGUACUACAUUAAGAGAGGCAAUUGGUUAUGUCAUUCCUUGGCCUCGUCCCUAUGUAAGAAAGCGUAGGGAUACAAGUUCUGCCCAGUAGCAAGGCCCUUUCAUACGAGUGCUCUGCUCAUAACCAGAAUUUUGCUGUUAUUAUUGGUCUGACUAUAGGAUAAUGAAUGGAGGACUGAAGAAAAGAAAGAGUGGAAGCCCUGAUAUUCAACUUUCCUUUUGAAGAAAUAUUAUAGAUUUCCUUCUAGCAGUUUAGAAAAACACGCACAACAAGCUGUAGGAUGUUAUAUAUGUGUGUGUCUAUUGCACUUUAGUUUUCCAGUUAGUCGUAUAUGUCUAUUUAAAAUUACAUGGAUGUUUUAUUUAGUUGUAAACUCCUUGCUCUCAUACAAGCAUGUACAGCCUUUCCCCUUUUAAUAUAUUAUAUGUUCUUGUAUAUGGUCGGGAAUAUGGUACUGCCUGCCCAUGUAAUUUUUUA